AUGCUAAGAAACAAUUACAUUACAUGGAGGAAGAUUGAGAUAUACAAGUAUGACCGCCAGUUCAGCAGGUUUCAGCAUACUAGAAAUGUAAUCACAUACACUCUCCUUCGAGUCAGAGACCUCCUAUGCGAAGAACGCUGGGAUAUUAGCAAGGCUGUCAUGCGAGGGGUGCCUAUUGCUCGGAUGGCAUGGAGAGGUCUUAGCACUGGGUUGAAUAAAUUAGACGACCAGAACCCUUGUUCUUCCAAAUUCUGUGAUUACAAGGAGGCCUGUACGCGGAAGCGUCCAGAUAUACUAGGCUGCCAGGAAGCACGAGAUAGACGACCUCGACGCGCUUGCCCAAAAGUACAUUAUGACUCUCAGCGAAACCCUGUCGAUUUCCCAGAUGCUUUAAGGAGCCCGGAUGAGACAAUAUUCCAGCUGGACGAGUUCUACAAGGAAAUUGUGAAUGAUCCAGCAUUCAGCAAAGCUGUAGUGACCUCACGCUUGCGAAACAUUCUUAGAGUUACCGGCGGCGGGAGUGAGACGAAGGAUGAUGGCGAGCCUUCGCGUGAACAACCGUUUCCAGUUACCCAAUCUGAGCCUACCGAAGACCACAACGAGGGAAAAUGUUUUAAAGCGCUGUCCAAAGAACAUAGCGCUGCGAAUAUCUCAUGUUAUUUGCUUCUGAUCGGAACUGCCCGUGUGUUGGGGCUUUCGAGGAUCAGAAACGAGAAAGAAGAAGAACAAGAACAAGAGGAGCCACCUAAACAGCAUGCUGAGUGUGACUGA